GAAGUAAGUCCUACGGAAGUUGGCCUGGGCCAAAAAGAGUGAACUGAGAGUCUGUGGCCGCGCGAAGGCAAAGAAUGGACUCUGUGAUUGCGCCCACCAAGUGGGACGCGCAGGCUCUAGAGAGUAUCUGAGCGUCCGAGCUGCAGGCGGAUAACUUUCCGCAGCAUGGAGGAUGAUGCACCGGUGAUCUACGGUCUGGAGUUCCAGGCCCGGGCUCUCACCCCUCAGACUGCAGAAACAGAUGCCAUCCGGUUUUUGGUUGGGACGCAGUCUCUUAAAUAUGAUAAUCAGAUCCACAUCAUAGAUUUUGACGAUGAAAACAACAUCAUCAAUAAAAACGUCCUCCUCCACCAGGCAGGUGAGAUCUGGCACAUUAGCGCCAGCCCUGCAGACAAAGGGGUGCUGGCCACCUGCUACAACAGAACUUCCGACAGCCGAGUCCUGGGAUGUGCAGCCGUGUGGAGGAUGCCCAAGGAUCUGGAGUCCAGCGGCCAGGAGUCCCCUGAUGACUCUGCCAGCACCGCACAGACCCUGGAGCUGCUGUGUCACCUUGGGAGUGCCGCCCCCUGCAAUGUGGCCUGUGUCGCCUGGGAACCAAUGGGAGAAGGGAAGAAAGUCAUUUCUUUGGCUGAUAACCACAUCCUGCUCUGGGACCUCCAGGAAAGCUCCAGCCAGGCCGUGCUGGCCAGCUCUGCGUCCCUGGAGGGGAAGGGACAGAUGAGGUUCACUUCGGGACGCUGGAGCCCACAUCACAACUGCACCCAGGUGGCCACUGCCAAUGACACCGCCCUCCGCGGCUGGGACACACGCAGCAUGAGCCAGAUCUACUGUAUAGAAAAUGCCCAUGGCCAGCUGGUGAGGGACCUUGACUUCAAUCCCAACAAGCAGUACUAUCUCGUGAGCUGCGGGGACGACUGCAAGGUGAAGUUCUGGGACACUCGGAAUGUCACCGAGCCCGUCAGGACCCUGGAGGAGCACUCCCACUGGGUGUGGAGCGUCCGCUACAACCACUCCCAUGACCAGCUGGUCCUCACAGGCAGCAGCGACAGCAGGGUCAUCCUGUCCAACAUGGUAUCCAUCUCCUCGGAGCCCUUCGGUCAUCUGGUGGAUGAUGAUGACGUCAGUGACCCAGAGGAGCACCACUCUGAGGAGAAGAGUAAGGAGCCACUGCAGGACAACGUCAUUGCCACCUACGAGGAGCACGAGGACAGUGUGUAUGCCGUGGACUGGUCCUCAGCCGACCCCUGGCUGUUUGCAUCCCUGAGUUAUGAUGGGAGGCUGGUCAUCAACAGGGUCCCCAGGGCACUCAAGUACCACAUCCUGCUCUAGCUCUUCCCGGGCAUCCCUGUCCUGCACCCACAGAGCCAGGGGUCUGCAGCCACAGAGGGUGAAUCCUUUGCGGAUCUGUCCCCCUCUGGAGAGUCUGACAGAGGCCCUGUGGGGACUGGGACCAGCUUCUUCCCACAGCUGCUGCUCAGUGCCCACCGUACCUCACUUUCGCCCUCUGUGUUGACUCACCUGUCUCCUGAGAUGACGAAGGAAAUAAAGUGAGCAGAACCUCA